CUUUGUUCUCUAUCACUGCGGCCUCUGACGUCCAUGACGUCACGCCGUUACGUACGACGUCCUCGGUAGAGAGUACGUCGAGCAGACAGACAGACAGUCCUCUGGAGAUGAUGGAGCUCUGUCUAGUCGACAGCGCUCACUAUGAUGCUAUCUGACAUCUCCAGUGACAUUAUGCACAUUUCGCUCGCUUGACUCGCGAUGUGACUGCGGAUCAGAGUCAGGCAUGACUCGGCUGCUGUGUAGCUUUCUAGCUGGCUGUUAGCUGCUCCUCUCCUCCAUCAUCAGUCUGCUGCGGUCAGUCAGAGAGCUCCAGCAGGCGGCUAACAGCUCCAGCUGAUCCGCUGCAGCACCACACACAGCCCGGCGAGCAGGAGGUGGUGAUGAGGCCUUAAAUGACAGAUCGGAGACGGUGUGUUCAGUCAUCAAAUACAGACGUCCUACUGAUGGUUGCUGCUGAUCUUUAAUCCGCAGACAUGGCGUCGCAGCUCCAGGUGUUCUCCUCUCCCUCCGUGUCCUCCAGUGCCUACUCUCGUUCGAAGAGGCUUAAAGUGGAGAACACUGCCUGGGAUGUGUCCAACCAGCUGGGAGAUAAUGGUUACUACCAGCAGAGCCCCACCCAGGGAGCUGCACCCUCCACUUCUGGCUCCAACUUCAACCCGGUGUACAACUCCAACCAGGCGAAUCCGCCGACGGCCGGCUCCCGGGAGCAGACGGUGGUGCGUGCGGCCGACAGCACAGGUAGUGUUCGCGGACCCCCCUCCUCCUCUUCCUCGUCCUCCUCCUCCAGCCGCCGCGUCAAGGAUGCGGAGUCCUCCUCCCAGCCGUGCGACCUCUACCACAAGCAGUACAGUUUGAAGCGGAAGAGCGAAGAGGUGGACAGCAGCGACAGCGUCCAGAUCCUGGAGGAGCUCUCAGCCCCCGUGGUCUCAAACCGCACCGGUGGCGGAGGGGGAACCACCACGGCGCAGUCCAUAGCACAUUCCACUUCUACCACGAAGAGCAGCAACUCCCACAGCGAGGGCGACUACCAGCUGGUCCAGCACGAGAUUCUGUGCUCGAUGUCCAACAGCUACGAGGUGCUCGAGUUCCUGGGACGAGGCACCUUCGGCCAGGUGGCAAAAUGCUGGAAGCGCGGCACAAACGAGAUAGUUGCAAUUAAGAUCUUGAAGAACCAUCCCUCCUACGCUCGGCAAGGUCAAAUUGAAGUAAGCAUCCUUAGCAGGCUGAGCACAGAGAACGCCGACGAGUUCAACUUCGUCCGCUCAUACGAGUGUUUCCAGCACAAGAACCACACGUGCCUUGUGUUCGAGAUGCUGGAGCAGAACCUUUACGACUUCCUGAAGCACAGCAAGUUCAGCCCGCUGCUGCUCAAGUGCAUCCGGCCCAUUCUGCAGCAGGUCGCCACGGCGCUGAUGAAGCUGAAGAGCCUCGGGCUGAUCCACGCCGACCUGAAGCCUGAGAACAUUAUGUUAGUGGACCCUCUGAGGCAGCCGUACAGAGUGAAAGUCAUUGACUUCGGCUCCGCCAGCCACGUGUCCAAAGCGGUUUGUUCCACCUACCUGCAGUCCCGAUACUACAGAGCUCCGGAGAUCAUUCUGGGCCUUCCUUUCUGUGAAGCGAUCGACAUGUGGUCGUUGGGAUGUGUCAUUGCUGAGCUGUUCUUGGGAUGGCCCCUCUAUCCUGGUGCCUCUGAGUAUGAUCAGAUUCGUUACAUUUCCCAGACCCAGGGCCUUCCUGCAGAGUACCUGCUGAGUGCAGGAACCAAGACCAGCCGCUUCUUCAACAGAGGACCCGACUCAAGCUACCCCCUAUGGAGACUCAAAACACCUGCAGAACACGAGGCAGAGAUGGGCAUCAAGUCAAAGGAGGCAAGGAAAUACAUCUUCAACUGUCUGGAUGAUAUGAUGCAGGUGAGGGUGAACAUGACAAACCUGGAGGGGACGGACAUCUUGGCAGAGAAGGCUGACAGGCGGGAGUUCAUAGACCUGCUGAAGAAGAUGCUGACGCUAGACGCAGACAAACGCAUCACGCCCAUGAAGACGCUGAACCACCCCUUUGUUACCAUGACUCACCUGCUGCACUUCCCUCACAGCUCACACGUGAAGUCCUGUUUCCAAAAUAUGGAUAUAUGCAAACGCAGAUGCAGCGCCUUUGAGAAUGGAAAAAAUAUGUUUGCAAGCAACAAUACCCCAAGUACAGCCACCAACCUCACCGUCACCUUCAGUAGCCAACUAAACCAGCACAAUCAGAUGGCCUCGACGGGAGGCCAGUCCCUGUCCCUCAGCAGCAACGUCCCGUUGCUGAACUACCAGCCCGGCCUCUACCAGCAGGCCACCAUAAACAUCCCCGGCCUGACCCAGCAGGGCGUGCCCCUGCAGACCAGACCCACCCAGCUCUGCGCCCAGACCGAGCCCUUCCAGCAAACGCUCAUAGUUUGCCCUCCCACCAUCCAGGGUCUUCAGACGUCCAACAAGCCCUCUGGUUAUCCAGUGAGGAUGGACAACUCCGUACCCCUAGUUCCUCAGAACCAGUCGUCCCAGUCUCUUCACCUCCAGCCCGGCAUGCUGGCACAGGCCUCCCUCGACCCCCUGCUGGUAAGCAGCCUGUACGCCUCCGUGGCGGGAAUGUCGCCUUUAGGCUCAGUCCGGCUGCCAGUUCGCUGCAGGGGUACGAGCCUCGGCGGCUUACUGGAUCAGAGUGCCUCCAUGCUGCAGGGCUGGCCAGCAGGAACACAGCAGAUCCUCAUCCCUUCCACAUGGCAGCAGAUGCCAGGCAUGGCCAUCCACAACCCCGGGCAGGCGGUGGUGCCUGACUCACCCAUGGGAGCCCCGAUCCCUGACAGUCAACAAGCUUCUAGCUGGAGGGGUCGUCAUGGAAACCAAUAUGAUGGCGUCAGCCAGCAGGACUCUGGUGUUGGCCGUCACGCUGCCUCCCAAAGCCACAACUCAGGGGCCGCUCACACAAGAUCCCAACAGGGCAAGAGGUCCAAGGCUCGACAUGCAGAGAGCAGAGCAAGGCCCGUGUCGUCGGCAACCACCGUGGUCCACAACACUUCUGCUUUUGCUGGUGACCAGUCUCAGCCCAUCGUCAUCUCGGACACGCCCAGUCCCGCUGUCAGCAUCAUCACCAUCCACAGCGACUCGGAAGACGAGGACGACAGGAAGUUCCCUGCUGCCUGCUCUGGAACAAGCCAGAGGACCAACGUGAUCAGCUGUGUGACGGUGCACGACUCCCAUGACUCCGACUCCUCCACCAGCAGCCCCCUGAGCCCCAAGACCACCUCGCAGCCCGCCAAGUCUCUGGCCAUCGUUUUGCCCUCUGUGAAGAGCCAGCCGGGGGAGAGCACAACCCACAAAGCUCCGGCAGCUCCAGAUCAAGCUACAUGUGGCUCUGGAAAAUCCAAGAAAGGGUCCACUCAGCAGUCCAGUCGGGCGGGAGAUUCCAACACCGAUCGCCAUCAACGGGCCGCAUCCAGCAGAUCUCAGCCUCUCAACCUGAGUCAGGUACAGCAGUCUGUGAUGUCAUCAUCCCACGACCAAACAGGAAGCACUAGCUCCCUGAGGCGGCAGCCCACGUACCCCCCUCCCGCCUCUUCCCACUCAUCCUACCGGCUUCACGAGAACACCCUAUUCAGCUCGACCCCGAACCUGUACGCCUACCCGGCAUCCGCCGCCCUGGCAUCAGUGUCCCAAGCUGUGGACCAGAUGCAAGGUGGCUCAUCCCGCCACGGCAGGGCGAGCGGGGCUUACUCUUCCCUGGCGUUGCUCCAGAAAAGCGGCAGCCUGGUCCUGGGAGGGUCUGCUCCGGGACAGUACGUCAACCACCACCACCAACAGCAGCAGCAGCAGCAGCAGCAGCAGCAGCAGCUGGGAGUGCAGCCUUUCCACCACGCAGGUGCUACUUACCAGCGAAAACUCAACCAGUAUCCCUACCUGUAAAGACUGAAGCGCUGCAUGAAGACCAAAUGGAGACCGAGACUAGAGACGAGCACAAGCUCACCACGGGCGGCUGUGAUUACUUUUAAUUUUCCUUUACUGUCCAGUCCUUAUUUUUACAACUUUCUAUGAUUAUUUUGGAAAAAAUAAUCAUGGAAUGUAUUUAUAUUUUAAUCAUGGUCAGUUUUUAAAACCAUCUAUUCCGACUUAGGAGUUUUUUUGUGUCACAUACAGCAGGUUAACAGCGACAAACAGUGUGGUCUGUAUGUAUCUGAACCAUAGACUGUAUAUAAAGAUGGACAACGCUUCUCCUCUUCCCCCUACUGUACAGAAGUGAAGCCAAAAUAUCUCGAAUACAGGAGCUGCCAUCUUGAGAU